UUUUAGGAGAAAUUGUCAAUUGAACUUGUAUGAUCGUGAUAAUUAACCAACCAAUUAAAUUUAAAAGUUUGUAAAAAAUAGAGGUGAUCACCAUGGAAAUUUCAAGAAGUUUUGUCGUGUUUGUCUUGUUAGCCAUUGCCUUACUUUGUGCUGUUGAAGGUUUACCCCGGCGCCUUGGUAGUGAUAAUGACGGUGGUAGCCUCGAAACAGGAAAUGACAACGGUGGUGAUAGCCCCGUAAAUGCUAAUGGUGGUGAUACCCCCGUAAGUGCUAAUGGUGGCGAUAGCCCCGUAAAUAAUGUUGGUGGUGAUAGCCCUGUAAAUGCCGAUGGCGUCGAGAGCCCCGUAAAUGCGGACGGUGGCGAGAGCCCCGUAAAUGCUGAUGGUGGCGCUACCCCUGCAACGGUUAAUGCUGAUGGUGGCAAUAGCCCCGUAAAUCCUGAUGGUGGUGGUAGCCCUGCAACGGCUAAUGCGGAGGGUGGUGAUGACCCCGUAACGCCUAAUGCAUCCGGUGGUGAUGACCCCGUAACGCCAAAUGCUGAUGGUGGUGAUGGCCCCGUAACACCUAAUGCGGAUGGUGGUGAUGGCCCCGUAACACCUAAUGCGGAUGGUGGUGAUGGCCCUGUAACACCUAAUGCGGAUGGUGGUGAUAGCCCCAUAAAUGUUGAUGGUGGCGAUAGCCCUGCAACGGUUAAUGCUAAUGGCGGCGAUAGCCCUGCAACGGUUAAUGCUGAUGGCGGCGAUAGCCCUGUAAAUCCUAAUGAUGGCGAUAGCCCUGCAGCGGCUAAUGCUAAUGGCGGCGAUAGCCCUACAACGGUUAAUGUUGAUGGUGGCGAUAACCCUAUAAAUCCUAAUGGUGGCGAUAGCCCUGCAACGGUUAAUGCGGAUGGUGGUGAUAGCCCCGUAACGCCUAAUGCGGAGGGUGGUGAUAGCCCCGUAGAGAUAAAUGGUGUUGGAGGUGGCGGUGGUGGUGGAAUUUUUGAUGUUACAAGUUAUGGUGCUAAAGGGGAUGGCAAGAAAGAUAACACAAUGGAAUUCAUGAAGACAUGGCAAGCGGCAUGCAAAGGCGUCAGUACGGCCCCGGUAUUUCUUGUUCCAAAAGGAGCGUUUUUGACAGGACCUGUUGUAUUUCAAGGCCCAUGCAAAAGCUCACAGCCUAUAGUUGUUAGAGUUCAAGGCACUGUGCAGGCGACAUCUGACUUGAGUCAGUAUUCUGAAGAUGCCUGGAUUUUAUUUGAACGUAUCGACGGUCUAGUUCUUACCGGCGGCGGAAUUUUUCACGGACAAGGCGCUUCUGUUUGGAAGUACAAUGAUUGCAAGUCAAACAAAAACUGCGCCAGGCUUCCAACCUCGAUCAAAUUAAUUCAGGUGAAGAAUGCAAUCAUUCACGACAUCAGUUCCAUUGACAGUAAAUAUUUCCAUUUUCACGUCACGGAUUGCAGUGGCAUUACGGCCUACAAUCUCGAAAUUACUGCUCCGGAUUUAAGCCCUAACACCGACGGUUUGCAUAUCAGCGACACAAGUACUGUAAAUAUAUCCAGCAGUACAAUUGCAACAGGUGACGACUGCAUUUCUAUUGGACAAGGCGUCACCGAAGCUACCAUUACCGGUAUCAUGUGUGGCCCAGGACAUGGAAUCAGCGUUGGUAGUCUAGGCAGAAGACAGAAUGAAGCCCCCGUAAAUGGUAUUACCGUGAGAAACUGUACAUUAUCUAAAACGACGAACGGUGCAAGAAUUAAAACAUUCGCCGGUUCACCGCCCGGUAGUGCUACGAGCAUCAUCUACGAAGAUAUUAUCAUGGACCAGGUCAAAAAUCCAAUUAUUAUUGAUCAGAAAUACGCUUCUCGCGGCUCAUCCAAGGGAUCACAAGUAAAGGUGAAGGACGUUCAUUUCAUGAACAUAAGGGGAACUACAACUACAAAUCCUGCAGUAAAUUUAGAUUGUAGUCCAUCUGUUCCAUGCGAAGGAAUUGAAUUUGUGGAUAUUGAUUUGGCUUUUACAGGAUCAAAUGCUAAAACUGUUUCUUCAUGUUCUAAUGCAAAAGUUUCAUUUAAGGGUACACAGAAUCCACCAGCUUGUAAACAAUAGUCAUUUUUUUGGUGUUUCUUCCAUAUAAGUUAUGAUAAGCCAUAAUAGGAAGCAAUUCUUAUAAUCCAGCCAUAUAAUUCUGCUGACAGUAUCUCCUAAUGAUACAGCCAUAAUUUAGGAAGAAAUUAGUGUCAAACUUUCCUUGUAUAUUCUCUAAUUUGUAUGCAAGAAAUUUCUUGCUUGAUCAUUGUAACCUAUGUAUAUAAACCUUGUAAGUUGUAAACUAGUGUAAUUAUCAAGACAAUAAAGAUUUCUGUGCUCCAUGCAUGCAUUGA